CGACCACGCAAACCACCUACCCAAGGUCCAUCUUGCUCUUUCGACAGAAACUCGUCUCAAUCUCGCAGCCAACGGAUACAAUCAACCUCAUACAAUCGCAGUAGCCGGACCCUUUCCUGACGAUCAACGACCCGAUUCGUACCGUUCAAGGUCAAAAUCGAAGCUAAAGACGACCGACCGUAUAGGAAAGCCAUCGCUGUCAUGACUUCCACUACACCUGCCAAGGACUACCCUUACGACCGUACAGACCUCGAAGGAUGGAGAUUGGUCGUCUCGGAAGACUCGCAUGGGCAGCACAAGUGGAUCUACCUCGGACAGGACGAUCCGAGACGAGAGACAUGGGAACAAAGCCAGCCUGCCAAGUACUGGUUGGAUCUCAAUCUGGGAGCUCCAGAGUUACCGGAGCCGAAGACACCGAUGGAAGCUGCCAGGAACGGGUUCGAGUUCUACAAGCGUCUCCAGGACGAGGACGGCCAUUGGACGGGAGCCUACGGAGGGCCGAUGUUUCUGAUCCCUGGCCUGAUCAUCGGCCUCUACGUGACGGGGAGAUCGUUACGACCUGAACAGAUCGUGGAGAUGAGACGAUACUUGUUUACGAAACGUCGACCUGAAGGAGGAUGGGGAUUGCACACGGCGGCACCACCGACGGCCUUUGGGACGGUCAUGGUCUACGUAGCACUUCGUCUGCUGGGUACGGACAAGGAUCUACCGGAGAUGAUCGAGAUCAGGGCUCUUAUCCACAAGAUAGGAGGCGCAGUCAGGGUUCCUUCUUGGGCAAAGGCGUGGUUGUCGAUCUUGGGAGCCUACGAGUGGGAAGGCGUCAACCCCGUCCCGCCCGAACUGUGGUUGUUGCCAGACUGGGUACCUUUCCAUCCUCAUCGUUGGUGGAUUCAUACGAGAAACGUCUAUAUUCCUCUAGGAUAUCUCUACGGCGUGCGUUUUGUCGGCGAAAUUACGCCGCUCGUGGAAGCUAUCAGAGAAGAAAUCUACAUCGACCCUUACGACUCGAUAGACUUUUCGAAGCAUAGGAACAACGUGUGUGAGCUGGACAUCUACCAGCCUCACCAUCCGGUCCUAGACGGUCUCAACGAGAUUUUGGCGGUUUACGAACAAUGUCCAUUGUCCCCUCUGCGGAAGAUGGGAGUCGACCGGGCUUACGAACUCGUCGUCAUGGAGGACGAAAACACAGGGUACCAGACCAUCGGCCCGGUAUCCAAGAUGUUCAAUAUGGUCUGUCGGUGGCACCGAGACGGACCAGAAUCCGAGGCUUUCAAGCAGCAUUGCGCCAAGAUUGACGACUUCCUCUGGAUGUCGGGUGAAGGGCUCAUGAUGACGGGGACGAACGGUUCGCAACUAUGGGACGCGGCAUUCAUGAGUCAAGCUCUGGUAGAGACGGGUCUGGGAGAAGAGAAACAAAACACAGAGGCCGUAGAGGGCGUGCUGGACUGGCUAGACAAGUGUCAGAUGAGGGAGAAUCCAAAGUGGUAUGGCAAAGACUACCGGCAUGCGACGAAAGGAGCCUGGCCAUUCUCAACGCUAGAGCAGGGGUACACAGUCAGUGAUUGUGCCGGAGAAGGUCUCAAAGCCGUUAUCGGCCUGCAGAGCCUGAGCUACACUCCUUCGCCAGUAACUCCAGACCGGAUGAAGGAUUGCGUCGACGUGCUGUUGACGAUGCAGAAUCCGGAUGGCGGUUUCGCCAGUUACGAGCUGAUCCGUGGAAACAAGAAGAUGGAAUGGCUGAAUACCGCGGAAGUCUUUGGAGAUAUUAUGGUCGAGUACACAUACCCUGAAUGCACCACGUCCUCGAUUUCAGCAUUGUUGCACUUCCUCCAUGUUUGCCCUGACUACCGUCGUAGAGAGAUCAAUUCGUGUGUUGACAAGGCCAUCAAGUACGUGCAUGAUAAGCAAAAGCCUGACGGAUCAUGGUAUGGCGCGUGGGCGAUCUGUUUCACCUAUGCGACCAUGUUUGCGCUCGAAUCCCUCUCGAUGGCAGGCGAGACGUGCGAAAACUCUGAGAGCGUACGACGAGCUUGUGCGUUCCUGGCGGGCAAGCAAAUGAAGGAUGGCGGUUGGGGAGAGACAUAUAUGUCGUGCGUCACCGCCGAGUACUGCCAGCAUGAGCAAAGUCAAGUAGUCCAGACCGCCUGGGCUGUACUCUCCUUGGUCUACGGUCGUUACACCGACAAGCAGGUCAUACGCCGCGCAGUCGACCUGAUCAUGAGCAGACAGCUUCGAGAUGGACGAUGGCUUCAAGAGGACACCGAAGGUAUCUUCAACAAGAACUGCGCUAUCGACUAUCCCAACUAUAAAUUCUCGUUUGUCAUUUGGGCACUCGGCAGGGCGGACAAAUACCUGAACGAGAGUUGAGGCUAGCUUGGUAGCUUCGCCCGAUCACGAUAUGCAUACGAUAUACCCUGUAUCCGAGUCGCACGAUGCGUUGUCCGCAUUUCUCGUGGCCGAUAAGGUGAAACGUCCCGUGCCGGAUCAUCU